AGGACACUGUCGCACCGUCAGGAUGAGAACAGACAUUCCACGAGAAACCAGGCUCCGACAGAGCGUCAGCUGCGCUACAAGGAGAAGGUGACGGAGCUGAGGAGGAAGAGGAACUCUGGCCUCAAUAAGGAGCAGAAGGAAAAGUACAUGGAACACCGUCAGAGCCACGGGGCGAGCCGGGAGCCGCUGCUGGAGAACAUCACCAGCGACUACGACCUCGAGCUGUUCAGGAAAGCGCAGGCACGUGCCUCGGACGACCUUGAGAAGCUCCGUCUGUCCGGUCAGGUGUCGGAAGGCAGCAACAUGAUAAAGACCAUCGUGUUUGGACGUUAUGAGCUGGACACCUGGUACCACUCUCCUUACCCGGAGGAGUACGCCCGCCUGGGGAGGCUCUACAUGUGCGAGUUCUGCCUGAAGUAUAUGAAGAGCCAGACCAUUCUACGCAGGCACAUGGCAAAGUGUGUGUGGAAGCAUCCUCCAGGAGACGAGAUCUACAGAAAGGGAAACAUCUCCGUCUUUGAGGUGGAUGGAAAGAAGAACAAGAUUUACUGCCAGAACUUGUGUUUGCUGGCCAAACUCUUCCUGGACCACAAGACUCUGUACUACGACGUCGAACCUUUCCUCUUCUAUGUCAUGACUGAAGCUGACAACACGGGCUGCCACCUCGUCGGAUACUUCUCUAAGGAGAAGAAUUCUUUCCUGAACUACAACGUGUCCUGCAUCCUCACCAUGCCUCAAUACAUGAGGCAGGGCUACGGCAAGAUGCUCAUAGACUUCAGUUACCUGUUGUCUAAGGUGGAGGAGAAGGUGGGUUCACCCGAGCGUCCUCUGUCUGACCUGGGCCUCAUCAGCUACCGCAGCUACUGGAAGGAGGUGCUGCUGCGCUACCUGAACAAUUUCCAGGGCAAGGAGAUCUCCAUCAAAGAGAUCAGUCAGGAGACGGCCGUGAACCCAGUGGAUAUUGUCAGCACGUUGCAGUCCCUCCAGAUGCUCAAGUACUGGAAGGGGAAGCACCUGGUUUUAAAGAGACAGGACCUCAUCGAUGACUGGAAGGCCAAGGAGACCAAACGGGGAAAUGGCAAGACCAUAGAUCCCACAGCCUUAAAAUGGACACCUCCUAAAGGGACGUAGAGAAGCUUCACACCUUGACACACGCACACAGUCCGAUCCUCCGCUGUCCGCUGGCAUGCUCACACACCCUGAGACUAAACCCUCACACGCACUCUUGUACAAAAAGCUUUCAGCAGCUGCAGUCGUCCACGUUUACUCUGAGUUCAAGCAGCCGCUGACAAAUCAUUUCAAAAAGAAGCACAGUUUGUUUUUAAACUGGAAAAACUGGAACAUCCAAGAAAUCUAAUUCUUAUAGGCAAAACAAAAAUAAUAUAUAUAUAUAUAUAUGUAUGUAUAUAGAACCCAAACAGGAGAGUUAAUGGUUAAAAAAAUAAAUAUCAGAUUACUCUUGUGAGAGUCACACUUUCGAUUUACUUGAUGCAAAGUAUUUGAAGACAAACUGCAGCCUCUCGGUUCUCCUACGUGCACGUGCAAACAUCUGGAUGUUAAAUGAAGGCAGGGAACGAAGUCGUUAUUUAAAAAAUGAGCUAUUUCAGUUUUUAAGUUGUCUCUCGAAUUGUAAUUUAAUUCAAUCAUUCAUAUAUUUUAUUUAUGAGACGGAGUUAAACUCGUCAUAAUAAACUGCGAUUGAUUGUCCAGCGACGCAGGAAUAAAUUCUGGUCCCAUCGUGGUGAAGCAACGGGCCGCAGAUGUGACGUCAGUCCACGCUGGUAUCUCCUCGGCCUCGUUCGUCACGAGAUAAGUGAAAGUAAUUGUGCGUCGUUAGCGCAGCUCCUCCCGGACACUUCAUCAGCACGGACCGCCAGACGCACCCGCUAAUCCAAUCUCAGACCGCCGCCGCUGACGCAGACCAGCUGGAUGUGAUUAAACCGAACAGGACCCGGGUUCAGGAUCCAUCCGGUUCUGAAGAGUAGGAACCAACACCUGAAAUGAAAAGACAGUUCCCAGGCAGGAGUGAGAUUAGAACGAAGCUCAGUAAAACAUGAACUAUAUCGGUUUUUUUUUUUUUUAAAUUGUUUGUUGACAUGUUUUAAAAAGAGCGGAGAUGGAAUCAGACCAGAGCGAACAGCGGCUGUUUGGAUUCAGAGCGAGUGAAUUCUGUCCCGUAUUUAACCGAGCUCCGUCGAAACUUCACCAGGGAGCUAUAGCUGCCAUUGGCCCUGUUUGUGCCGUGUUGGGUCCCCAGGACGGGUGUCACCGCAGGUUCGGUCCUGGUGUCAC